UCAAGUUUCAUAGCAACUCAUAGUGAAAAAAGAAAACACCUCAAAAUGAACACUCACGACAACUUCCCCGGAAUACCUCCAUUCCCAAACGACGUCCCAACAGCCCCCUUAUUCCGACUCUCGCUAUCUAAGCUCCAAGCUCACGAUGAAGCCGAAGUGACAAGACUAAUGCAAGCAUGCCGCGACAUCGGCUUCUUCUACCUCAACCUCCAAGACUCAGACACAGGCAUCAGCAUCCUCAAGGACACGGACGACCUCUUCGAAACCGGCAAAUCCCUUUUUGACCUCAGCCUGUCUGAGAAGCAAAAAUAUGACUUCAGCAGUCAAAACAGCUACUCAGGAUACAAAGCCCAAGGCGCAGCCCUAGCCGACCGACAAGGCAACCGAGACCGAAACGAAUUCUACAACGUCUCCAAAGACGACAUCCUAAACCUAACCCCGCCCCUCCCAUCCCCGCCCCUCCUCCAAACAGCCCUCCCAACCCUAACAUCCUUCACCCAAACCGCCCACUCAAUCACCACCCUCCUCCUAACCCUCCUAGCCAAAACCCUCCACCUCCCCCUGUCAACCCUCACAGAUCUCCAUCGCCUCCACUUCCGAAGCGGCGACCAAGUCCGCUUCAUCAAAGCCCCCCCGCAGCCGUCCCAAGACCGCCGCACAGCCAUGGGCGCACACACCGACUUCGGUAGCAUAACCAUCCUCUUCAACCGGCUCGGCGGGCUGCAGGUCUUGCCGCCCGGCGCGGACGCAGAAUGGGUCUACGUGCGGCCCUUACCGGGUCACGCAAUUGUGAAUCUAGGUGAUGCGAUGGUGAAGUUUACGAAUGGGUUGUUGCGGUCGAAUAUUCAUCGGAUUGUGGCGCCGCCUGGCGAGCAGGCGGAUUGGACGAGAUAUAGUCUGGCGUAUUUUGCGAGGCCGGAGGAUGAGGUUGUUUUGAGGCAGGUGGAGGGUUCUGAUUUGAUUCCGGAGUUGGAUGGAGAGGAGGAGGAUGUUAGGAGUAGGGAGUGGGUUUUGAGGCGGGCGUUUGGGACUAGAGGGAGGUUGGAUGAUGUGGAUUUGAAGAGUUAUAUUGGGACAGAGAUGAUGAGUCGGAGGAUUGGGGUUUGAUUGCGUUCUUUGGGGAUGUGGUAUCUCGUAUGAUUGCCAGUCUGAAGAGGAUGAGAUAUUAAGGCGCUUGGUAUGACCUUCGGUUGAGAUACUUGGAUCUGUAUGGUGGACUAGACGAAUGAUUCUGAUUACGGGCUAUUGAUUCCCUUAUAAAUUGAGUUGAUGUCUUUACGUGGGCGGAUUCCGCGAACGUCUAAUAAGUGUUUCUCUUUACUUCUAUA